AUGGCGGAUGAGCCGACUCCCAAGCGGGCUAAACGGGCACGUGCAGCCCAGGCUUGCGACCGUUGCAGGACGAAGAAGUAUAAGUGCGACGAGCAAUACCCGUGUCUACAUUGUAAAAAGAGCCAACUAGAUUGUGUGUAUCAGGGGACUUACCGAGAGCGUGAGAGCAGCCGGUCUGCAACCUAUGUCGUUGACCUUGAGAAGAAAGUGGAGGAGUUGGCCUCCAAGCUGCGCACAGCUGAAGCACAGCUCGGAAGAUCCCCACAGCCCUCAAAGUCGAUAGUUCAACCGAUAGCCCAAGGAGCAAUCGAAACAACUCCAUGUUCUUUGCCAAGGCCAGGCUCGACACCGCAGGAUCAGGCCAAGUUACCGAGCAAUGCACAUGAGGAGUCCGAGAGCGCCGACGACGAGAUCAAUGAAUUCAAUCACCACACGAAUGGAAUCGAGUUCCACGGAAGCACGUCAUCAGCAGCAGCCAUUGGUCACCUAUCAAAGACACGCGAUCCUAAACCUCCCCAGGAAAGGUACCCGCCUGCUGCGGAUUUCUCGUUAAUUUCAACGCUGCAUAACCCCAGCUUUUCGCCUUCCACGACUGGACAGCCAACAUCCGUCGAGAGCCAGAAUUAUUAUUUUGAACAAGCUCAUGUGUUCAUGAAUGGAUAUUUUGAGAACAUUCAUUUCAUUCAUCCAUUCAUCGACAAAGAUGAAUUCUUACUCCGCGCCCAUAAUCUUUGGUUUAAUCGGGCGCACUCGCCCGAUCCCAGCUUCGUUGCUCUAUACCUGAGUGUCCUGUCAUUUGGGUCAUUAGUCCGCGUAUGGGACGAGGAUAAGAUUGCUGGCAUGGGUCGUUUUGAAUGGAGCCGAAAGCUAUUCAGUGAAGCACAGGCGUAUUUGAACUAUCUGCGGUUCUCGAAUGACCUAGAGACAGUUCAAUGCCUCUACUUCAUGGCAAAAAUUUGUCAGAAUGAACUGAACCCAAACUUGGCGUAUAUGUAUCUUGGACUCGCAGUUCGCACUUGUCUUUCUGCUGGGUUUAAUAGAGAGGUCCCAUCUCCAAAGGAUCAACGCUCUAGCUGGAUCUCGAAGACUUGGUGGGGUAUAUUUUCGCUGGAAAUAGAAAUGAGUUUUUCAACUGGACGACCUGAUACCCUCGGGAUGGACGAAUAUCAUAAUAGAGCCAUUCCGGAUCGAGACGACUCGGAGUAUGCCAUCAUCCCUUGGAUGAUCGACUUUGCCCAGAUCAUUCGACGGGUAUCUGUCCAAAUCUACCACUCGCGUAUAACAUUACAGGAAAAGCUACAACUGGCCCUUCAGAUUGAAAUGGAGAUAGAUCGAUGGCUUGCCAGACUCCCAGAGAAAAUCAAACCGGAUAUUGGUGCCUAUAGGCAAUCUCGCAGUGCUUUGCGGGAUCCCAAAUGGGCCAGAAGGCAACGCCUCGUCCUUGGAAUACGCUACUAUAAUGUCAAGAUGCUUCUAUUUCGGCCCUUUUUGAGCCACUUCACACGAAAAUUACGACACACCCCGACCGAGUUGGAGGAAACGAUCAACAAAUGUCUCGAGGCUGCUAUGAAGACCAUCGAGGUCAUUCACGAUAUUUAUCGAGUGCAUACGUUCUUCCGAUGCUGGUGGUAUAACACGACAUAUGUAAUGUUCGCUACUUCAACUCUGUUGCUCCCGAUGUCGAAACUCGGAAUGUGCGCCGAGACCAUGCCCCUCCUACGCUCUGUGGAAAUGGGAGUCGAGAUACUCGAAGCUAUGGACGAGUCCGUUGUUGCCCGGAAGUCCGUAGAAAUCGUUCGGCAAUACCUGAGAGACUUCAGGGCAUCUGGAGCACAACAGUCAACCACUGGUGUCGAAGGAGGAGAUGAUCUAGCCGCUUCCGAAGUAGAGGCUGGACCCCCUGGAUUUGAAAUCCCCGAGUGGGCCUACGGCUUCGGGUUCCCAGAUUAUUCGUUUGAUGGAAUUGCGAGGUUGUUCGAUGAUAUUGGAGGCCUACCGAUGUUGGAUGGGUAA